AUGCGGGCUUCUUCGUCGACGUUGCUGUUGGUGAGCGUGUUGGACCAGAACGAUAACUUCCCGCAAUUCGUUCGAUCCGUUUACGAGGGAUACGUGCGAGAAUCAGCGUCCGUGGGAUCGAUGGUGCUCACGAAUUCCAGCACCCCUUUGGUCGUGAAAGCGGUCGACAAAGACCGCGGACUCAACGCUCUUCUCCGCUACGACAUGGUGGAGAAUGGACCGGAAAAUCGACUUUUCUCCGUGGACACGAAUACCGGUGAGUUUCCGUUUGCCACGCAGAAGUGUGCUGUGAAAACGAAAGGCAUUUUGGACUUCGAAACAAUGCCAGUGGUGGAGUUCAAAAUCCGCGUGUCAGAUAGCGGGACUCCGUCUCUGCGCGCAGACACUGUAGCGAUUGUCCGGGUGCACGUGGAAGACGUGAACGACACUCCGCCACAAUUCGACUCACUUUUCUACAAUGCCACGUUGCAUUUGCCCACUUACAAAGGUGUAGCCGUGGCCCAGUUGAACGCAUCCGAUCCCGACAGUUCUCGCGACUCGCUGCGUUUCGAACUGGUUCACGGCAACGAAGACGGCGCAUUCGUCUUGGAUCCCGUGUCGGGUUUGUUGUCUAUAGCGAACCCGGGGGUGCUCGACAAGACGCACGAGCUACAAGUGUCGGUGAGCGACGGGAAGUAUUCGGGUGCGACUGUGGUGAGGAUCAAUUGCGAGACGAGUUUGGACUCGGGGCUGCGAUUCGAGAUGGACCGGUACGAGGCGAGUGUGGAGGAGAAUUCCACGAGGAUCCUCAUCGUGGAGAUCGUCAAUUUGCUCGGAUUGCGGCUCAAUGAGCACGUGGAGUUUAGGAUCCUCAAUCCGUCGGAGCUUUUCGAGAUCGGGCUUACGUCGGGCGCCAUCCGGACCUGCGGGAUCCCCUUUGAUCGCGAGCUCCAGGAAAAGUACGAAAUCAUCAUCGAAGCCGUCAGUGAUGCCGGGGAAUACGGACGACGCGUGGCCCACGCACUAGUCGAAGUCACUGUCACUGACAUCAAUGACAAUCGCCCAAUGUUUCUCAACUUGCCGUAUUACACCGUGAUGUCUGUGAGUUCGGAGCAGGGCGAUGUUGUCAUCCAGCUCGAGGCGAUCGAUUUGGACACAGGAGAGAACGGAAGGAUUCGUUACGAUCUGGUUAGAGGGGAAGGCGAAAUUUUCCGCGUGGAACCUCGGACUGGAAAGGUGGUGCUCAAGAGGGCCUUGGGCUCUGACAGAACCUCGUACGAUAUCUUGGUUGCCGCCUACGAUGGAGGAAAAGUUCCGAUGUUCGCUGAAACAACUGUGCACAUAAAAGUGAUGGACCGUCUGAUGCCGGUGUUCAAUAAGCAAUUUUUCAACGCCACCGUGCCUGAAAAUGCUGAACCCUACACAGCAGUCAUCAAUGUCGUGGCGGAAUCCCCUCAGGGCAGGAAGCUCAUCUACGGAAUUUCUCGCGGAAACGAGUAUGAAGAAUUCGGCUUUGAUUUCAACACCGGCUCGAUCUUCGUGGGAGAUGCCUUGGAUUACGAACUCAAGUCGGAGUACGAGCUGUAUUUGCGGGCAAGUGACAGCGUGAGUGGAGCCUAUUCCGAGGUCCCAGUCAACAUUCGCGUCACUGACGUCAACGACAACCCUCCGGUGUUUUCCAAGCUGUCGUACGAAGCGUCGGUGUCGGAGCUGAGAGCAGUGGGUGCCGAGAUCCUGAAGGUUCAAGCCAGUGAUCGAGACGAAGGCAUGAACGGGGCCUUUCGUUACUCGCUUGAAGACAUCUCUCUGGAUGCCAACUCCACGACUUGGUUCCGCGUGAAUCCAAUUACAGGCUUAAUCACGUUGUCCCGUCCGUUGGACCACGAGCGCAUGCCUGUGCACAGAUUUCAUGCUGUAGCGACGGAUUCUGGAAUGCCAGCCCUUUCGAGCUCCGUCACGGUUUGGGUCACAGUCGACGAUGUGAAUGACAACCCGCCGGUGUUCGAGAAGAAAUCGUACACGAGCAUGUUGUUGGAGAAUGCGGAACGAGGACAGUUCGUGACGAAGGUGACUGCCUUCGACAUCGAUGACUCCGAUGUAGGGAAUCUCAAGUAUUCCAUUAUCGAAGGCAACAAUGCGCAAACAUUUCUGAUAGACAGAACGACCGGUGUCGUUCGUUUGAAGAAUGUGCAGAAAUUCAAGAACACAACGAGCUAUGUACUGAAUGUGUCGGCAACCGAUGGGGUAUUUACUUGCUACGCGAGGCUUCAGAUCGACCUGCUGUCCGCAAAUAAACACGAGCCGCGAUUCUCUCGGUCCUCUUAUGACGCCAACGUUGCGGAAAACGUUCCGUCCGGAACAUCUGUACUGCAAGUGAAGGCCUUCGAUGAGGACCACGGGGAAUUCGGGUCCAUCACCUAUUCCAUAGAGUCUGAUAUUAUGCGAGAAAAAUUCAAGAUCGACGCUCAAACAGGCGAAAUACGCACGCGACAGCAACUCGACAGAGAAGAGCAGGACAUGUACCAUAUUCCAAUCGUUGCGACCGACAGUGGUGCGAAAAGGGGCUAUGCGACCGUUCAUGUGAAUGUCACUGACGUCAACGACAACAUACCGAAGUUUCAAGCGUAUAAGUACAUUGCGAGCAUUCAUGCCAACGCCACAGAAGGCUCCAUGGUUGCCAAGGUAAUGGCGACAGAUGCAGAUGUUGGAGCCAGUGGAACGAUCGAAUAUUCGUUGUACGAAUCUGACACAGUAAUUAGGGCUUCGUCGAUUUUCGGUGUCCAUGCAGCAACCGGGGAAAUAUUCUUACGUAAACCAGUGGAUGGUUUUGACAAUGAAGUGUUCCAGUUCUUUGUGAGGGCAAGAGACAAUGGCAUUCCAUCGCUUCACGCAGAUGUUCCGGUUGAUGUAGUAAUAAUGGAUGAAUUGGACACGCCACCGACCUUCGAGAAACGGCAUUUGGAAUUUUUCAUUUCAGAACGAGAUGAUGUUGGUACUCUUGUUGCCCAAUUGAAAGCUACGUCGAACUCGACAGUUCUGUACGAAUUGUUGACAGCGGAUGCUCGCGAGAAAUCGAGUGUCUUCCGAGUAGAUCAGGACGGGCGGAUAAUUGUGAAUCAGAAACCGAAUCGAGAAGAAAAAGAUUCAUAUGCCCUGACAAUUUUGGCUUUGACGGAAUCAACACCGCCAUUAACAGCUAUGGUAGACGUAACAGUCAAGAUAAUGGACGAGAAUGACAACGCACCCGAGUUCCAAAGCGUACCAUAUCACGUAACUGUGGCUGAAAGUAUCGACAUCGGCGGCACGGUUUUACGAGUAUCUGCUCAUGACGCUGACGCUAGCGCGGAAAUUCGAUACAGCUUGGAAUCCGCUGGCGAUCUCAAGGAAUUGCUGCCCAUCACCAGUGUCUUCAGCAUUGAUCCUUACUCCGGCGUAAUUACCACUCUCGUGCCGCUGGACAGGGAAACCGUGUCUGAAUACCGACUCAACGUUAUUGCUUCGGACAAUGGCAGUCCUCCAUUAACUGCUGCAACGCAAAUCUAUAUCGACGUUAUGGAUUAUAAUGACAACCCUCCGAUUUUCACAGAGGAUCCCUAUUACACAUCUGUCAGCGAAGAUGUUGAAAUCGGAACAUCCAUAAUGAAGCUAAGGGUGCAAGACGCCGACGCACUUGAAUCUCCUUACCUUCAAUUCUUCAUCACUGAUGGUGACAAAGCAGGGAAAUUCGGAAUUACGACUGAUGGAGAUGUUAUCAUUCGUGGUCGCCUGGACAGAGAAACAUUGAACCAUUAUGAUCUUGGCAUAACAGUGACCGAUGGAGUUUUUGUCGCUGAAUCCAGGGUAGCAGUUGAAGUCAUUGAUUCGAAUGAUAAUCCUCCAGUCUGCAAAAAACCGCGCUAUGUUGAAAGCUUGUCCGAAGCGACACCGAUCGGAUCGUACAUCUUGACUGUCGCUGCUUCAGACAAGGACGAAGGCCAGAACGCGAAAUUGAACUACUUCUUGAGUGGAAUUGGAGCUGAAUCCUUCAUCUUGGACAUGAAUUCAGGUAUCCUGAAAACUGGUUCACCGCUCGAUCGGGAGACACAGGGUCUAUACAAAUUAGUUGCACAUGUUCGAGACGCAAAGUCGAAGGCAUGGGAAUGCACUUCAGAAAUUGAAAUCAGUUUGACGGACGUCAAUGAUAAUUCGCCGGUGUUCUCUCAGAGGAAGUACUCGGUCACGGUUGAUGAAAAUGUGGAUGUUCGGUCUUUGAUCACGAAAGUUCAUGCGUCGGAUGCUGACCUGGGAAUCAACAAAAAGAUUCAGUACAUGUUCGUCGGACAAGCAUACGGGCAGUUCGCCAUUGAUUCCGCAAGUGGCUUGGUGACACUGGCAAAACCGCUGGAUCGAGAACUGCAAGCGAUGUACAAUCUAACAAUUCAAGCUGUCGAUCAGGGAACUCCUCAGCUGACGGCUGAGGCUUCGAUUAUUGUGAUUGUUCGCGACAUCAACGAUAAUCCGCCGGAAUUUGAGAACAAGUAUUACCACGUGUCUGUCCCGGAAACUGCGAUUGUCGGAAUGGAUGUCGUUAAAGUUUGGGCAACCUCGAAGGAUCUGGGUGUGAAUGCGGAGGUCAGCUAUUCUAUUAUUGGAGGAAAUGAGCACAAAAAGUUCAGCAUUCAUCCAAAAUCAGGAGCAAUCGUUAUUUCGGACGUGUUGGACUACGAGCGAGCAAAAGAGUAUUUCCUGACGAUCGAAGCAAUCGAUGGCGGCAGCCCACCAUUGACAAAUCAUGCGUCCGUGAAUAUUACAAUACAGGAUGCGAACGACAAUGCUCCGAUGUUCAGCCAGACAUCGUACAGUGCUGUUUUACCAGAGGACGUGAACAUCGGAUACAUGGCGAUUCAGGUUGUGGCUACUGAUUUGGACAGUGGAAUCAACAGCGAACUAUCUUACAACAUCACGAGUGGGAAUGAUUUCGGCCAUUUCAUGAUCAAUUCAUCAACUGGAGUAGUCUUUGUAAGCCGACGCUUAGACAGAGAAAUGGUUUCGUCCUACAAAAUGCGAGUUGGAGCAUUCGAUAAUGGAUAUCCGCAGAGAGGAACGAAAGUGGAUGUAGUGAUCGAAGUAACUGACGUCAAUGAUUGCCCGCCGCUGUUCUCUGCGAUGAACCAGACCGCAAUCGUUCAAGAAAACAAACCGAUUGGCUUCACGAUCAUGAAAUUUUUGGUCACGGAUGCGGAUGAUCCCCCGAAUGCAGGACCGUACACGUUUGACAUUCAAGACGACGAGUCCGCAUUUAGUAUUCAAGACGGAGUUCUGAAGACUGCUGUUAAAUUUAGUCACAGCGUGAAAGACAAAUACUUGCUGCGUGUUCGAGUUUAUGACAAUGGUACUCCACCACUGUCUUCCGAAUCUUGGAUAACCGUGAAGAUCAUUCAAGAAUCUCAGUAUCCGCCUCUGAUCAUGCCCAUCAACGUGAGGAUAACAGCGUAUCAAGACAGCUUUCCCGGAGGUCAAAUCGGCCGAGUGAAAGCAACUGACCAGGAUCCUUACGACAAGCUGGAGUACGCAUUGCCCGAAAAUACACGAUUGUUUGAGGUGGACAAAGACAACGGCACGCUUUUUGCAUACGCUGGUCUGGACGAUGGCGAAUACUUGCUGAACAUCACUGUGACGGAUGGGAAAUUUUCUGCCGUUUCCCAGGCUGUGGUUUCGGUGUCUUUGGUCACUGACGAUAUGCUGGAAAAAAGCAUGAUGUUGACGUUAGGUCCAGUGAAGCCGGAAGACUUCGUGUUGACCUAUCAAAAGAAUUUUGAACGCGGAAUCCGAGGUAUUUUGGAUGUACGUCGCCGUGAUGUUCGAAUUUUGAGCAUUCAGCCAGCUCGUGGGAACCGGGCUCGUCGGUCGCCGGAAAUCGACGAUUUCAUCGAAAUUCUUUUUGCCGUGUCGAAGCCCGACGAAGGAUUCUACUCGGUUGACGUGAUUCGCAAAGAACUGAAGUCGAAGAUGCGAAUGUUCGAGACAAUGUUGGGUCUUCAAGUGGCGAAAGUGGAGGAAAAUUUGUGCACUGUUGCUGGUGGAGAUAAUUGCGUUCCAGACAAUGGAAAGUGCGCUGAUCGAAUGGUACUGAAUGAGGCUAAGGUUAUUCCGAUUGCAACUGACGUUAUGAGCUUCGUCUCGCCUGAACAUCGACAUGUGAAGGAAUGCGUUUGCAAGCCAGGUUUUGCUGGUGAACGUUGCGAAAUUAUUGCGAACAAGUGUGCUCAAGACCCUUGCCCGUCAUUCAAAGUUUGCGUCCCGGAUGCGACUUCCAAGGGUUAUUCUUGUCAAUGCGCGAGAGGUUACACGGGUCCUCGAUGUGACAUGCAGGCGUCCAUGUGCCGAGGUCAGGACUGCUACCACCCCCGAAGACCGUUUUCUUUCGAUGGUCAGGGAUUCGCUGUUUAUGCCCUGAUGGGCUUGAGAUCUGUUGCCAUUGAUUUGAACAUCAACUUGCACUUCAAGACGCUUUUCCCCACGGGCAAUCUGAUGUAUGCGGCCGGUCGAAUAGACUACAGUAUUCUUGAGGUGGUGAACGGAUUUCUGCAAUAUCGAUUCGAAUGCGGAAGCGGCGAAGGUGUCGCUAAAAUUUCCUCUCGGAGGGUCGAUGAUGGCAUGUGGCAUUACGUGAAAUUGAAAAGAAGCGGGAAAGCUGCUGAACUGGUGCUUGACGAGACGCAUCGUGCCUCUGGAGUUUCACCGGGAAAGAAUGAGAUCAUCAACUUGGAAACGCAUACCAUUUACUUUGGGGCUGAGGUUCGAGAACCAAAAGCUGUGGGCAAAAACGUGGAAUUGGACAUUCGGAUGGGUUUCUCCGGUUGCAUGGACGAUAUUAUGCUGGAACACGUGGCACUGCCGACGCGAGUCGGGGGAAGCAACGAUGCUGCCACUUUGUCCCAAAUCCGAGGCAUUGAUUACGGUUGCUCUAGCCUUCGAAAGGUGCCGGGACCCUGUGGAUCACAGCCGUGUAUGAAUGGGGGAUCUUGUGUGGAACGUCCCUCGGGGCAAGGUGGGGGAUUCGCGUGUUUGUGUCGGGACCGGUUUCACGGGCGUCAGUGCGAAAUCGAUCGGGAUCCUUGCGCGGAUUACCCGUGUCUUCACGGUGGAACCUGUACCAGCGACGGGAACGAAUUCCGCUGUGAUUGUCCGGCGGGUUUAACUGGGCAUCGCUGUGAUUAUGGUCGGUUUUGUAAUCCGAAUCCGUGCAAGAAUCGAGGUUGGUGCGAAGAAGGCCUGUCGAGCGCUGUGUGUCAGUGUCGGGGUUUCACCGGAACCAACUGCGAGGUCGAUGUGGACGAGUGCUUGCAAAACCCCUGCGCGAGUGGGUCGACUUGCGUCAACACUCAAGGCAGCUUUCGAUGCUUGUGUCCCCAAAAUACUACUGGUUUCUAUUGUGGAGAACGGAUGCAGCCAACCAACAUCACUUCCACGAAAUUUGUGAUCUCACUGGAGGAGUUGUUGGGAAUCGUCGGAGUCCUUAUCAUUAUUGUGAUCUGCAUCCUUCUCUGUGUUUGUAUCCGAAGACUGCGGGGAAAGCGUGGGUUGCAAAGGAGGCCGUUGGAGAACGGAAAUGUUGAAGAACGCAAUAUGAUUCCUUUGUUAAUGAAAACCAAUGGACAAGAAAUCGAUUGCAUCGGGAAUCCGAAAAUGAGUAACGUGGACCAAGUUCAAUCACAGACGGCUUUCGUGGCAUCAUCGCUGCGUCCGGCAUCCUACGCUCCUGCCACAACCGACAGCAACCUUUACAAUCAGCAGUCGAACCUGAACAAUUUCGAUACCGUGCGGAGCUAUGGGUCCGCUGCUGACGAGCUCGAGAUGUACGUCCCACCUCCACCGGACUUUUUGCAGAACCUGAACAACCAUGGGCCCAAUGGUUCCAGCGUGAUCGGGAUCUGCCCUGGUCCGUCGUGUUCCCCCCGCGGCGAUGGAGUCGAGAACCCGAUUGUUUGCAAGCCCUGGCAUGUCAACGACCUCGAUGCCAACAAGGGUGCAUACUACGAUAGUCAGAAGAUCCGGAAUGGUUUUUAUUGUGGAGAACGGAUGCAGCCAACCAACAUCACUUCCACGAAAUUUGUGAUCUCACUGGAGGAGUUGUUGGGAAUCGUCGGAGUCCUUAUCAUUAUUGUGAUCUGCAUCCUUCUCUGUGUCUGUAUCCGACGACUGCGGGGAAAGCGUGGGUUGCAAAGGAGGCCGUUGGAGAACGGAAAUGUUGAAGAACGUAAUAUGAUUCCUUUGUUAAUGAAAACCAAUGGACAAGAAAUCGAUUGUAUCGGGAAUCCGAAAAUGAGUAACGUGGACCAAGUUCAAUCACAGACGGCUUUUGUGGCAUCAUCGCUGCGUCCGGCAUCCUACGCUCCUGCCACAACCGACAGCAACCUUUACAAUCAGCAGUCGAACCUAAACAAUUUCGAUACCGUGCGGAGCUAUGGGUCCGCUGCUGACGAGCUCGAGAUCUAUGGGUCCGCUGCUGACGAGCUCGAGAUGUACGUCCCACCUCCACCGGACUUUUUGCAGAACCUGAACAACCAUGGGCCCAAUGGUUCCAGCGUGAUCGGGAUCUGCCCUGGUCCGUCGUGUUCCCCCCGCGGCGAUGGAGUCGAGAACCCGAUUGUUUGCAAGCCCUGGCAUGUCAACGACCUCGAUGCCAACAAGGGUGCAUACUACGAUAGUCAGAAGAUCCGGAAUGUUUUCAUUCUGAAAAUUGAAAUCUGUCGGAAAGUUCUCGAUACGAGUGGACUCUCUCUGCACCGAUCUUGUCUAUAA